UGCAACCAGUAUGGCACCAGUAUGACACCAGUAUGGCACCAGUGUCACCAGUAUGACACCAGUGUGACACCUGUGUCCCCAACAGUACAACCAUUGACCCGCGGUGUUUUCACCUGCACCUCGCUGGGGCCGUGCCCGGGGCUGCCCCGGGGGCCGCGACCCCCGCCCGCCGCCUCCCCCUCGCCCUCGCUGCGGCUGCCCACGACCCCCGAGGGGACCCCCGAGACCCCCGCCCGGUCCUCGGCGCCCUCCGGGUUGGAGCGGGAUAUCCCGGAGCUCCGGGAUGGAACUGGGACGUGCUGGGAGCUCCGGGAGCCACGGGCAGGACGAUCCCGGCAUGGAGGAGAGGAGGAGGAGGGGGAGGAGGACGAUACCGACGUGGCCGGUGACACCGAGGACAUCCCGCUGCUGGCAGGGGUGACCCCGCGACAUCAGCGGCGACAGCAGCGCCCCGCCAGGGAGGAUGAGGACGGCUGGGACUCCACCGACACUGUCCCCACUGUCCCCGCUGUCCCCGCUGUCCCCGCUGUCCCCUCUGUCCCCUCUGUCCCCUCUGUCCCCUCUGCCAGCCCAGCACCGCGACCCCGCGGGACCUCCGGGAUCGGCGGCGCCGGGCAGGACGCUCCCAGCCCGGAUCUCUUCGAGCACCUCCAGCACGCCGUCAGCUCCCUGGAACGCGCCGUCUUCUCCCGCCACCGGCGGCCACCGGCGCGGCUGUCACACACCCGUGUCACGGUGUCACACACCCGUGUCACGGUGUCACUGUGUCCCCCCCUGAUCCCGGCCGUGUCCCCAGCUCCCAGCCCGGAUCUCUUCGAGCACCUCCAGCACGCCGUCAGCUCCCUGGAACGCGCCGUCUUCUCCCGCCACCGGCGGCCACCGGCGCGGCCCCCGCCCGGCCCGGGCUGGCACCGAGCGCUCAAGGUGAGCCUCGCCACCCCCGCCGGGCCCUCGCCACGGGCACCGACUGACCCCCGGCACCGCCAGAGCCUGGAGGAGCUGAGCCGGACACCGGGCUGGGCGGCGGAGGAGCCUCGGGGCUUACCGGAGGAGGUGGCGGCGGCCGCGGCGAGCAACGAGAGCCUGCGGGCCACCCUGGGCCACCGUGACCGGGAGCUGGGCAGGGCCGCGGCGGCGCUGCGGGAGCUGCGGGGCGAGCGGGACCGGCUGCAGGGCAAGGUGGGUGCGGGGAGGGUGCGGGAGCUGCGGGAGGCUCUGGCCAGGCUGGAGGAGCCGGGGACGUCUGGAAGGGACAUCCCUGGGGUUGGUGACAUCGCCGGGAUUGGUGACAUCGCCGGGAUUGGUGACAUCGCCGGGAUUGGUGACACCCCCGAGACUGGUGACAUCCCCGGGAUCAGUGACACUUCUGGGCUCGGUGGCACCUCUGGGACCGGUGACACCCCCGGGUUCAGUGACACCCCCGGGACCGGUGACACCCCCGGGGUCAGUGACACUUCCGGGCUCGGUGACACCCCCAGGACCGGUGACACCCCCGGGGUCAGUGACACCCCCAGGCUCGGUGACACCCCCAGGCUCGGUGACACCCCCGGGACCGGUGACACCCCCGGGCCCAGCAGCCCCCCGGGACAGCGGCCCCACUCCCCGCUGUCCCCCCAGCCCUCGGCGAGCCCCGGCCGGGAGCAGGAGGAGCGGCUGCAGCAGCUGCAGGGGGAGCUGGCGCGGCUGCAGGAGCUGAACCGGGAGCUGGCGGCGGCGCUCGGGGCGUGCAAGGGAGAGGCGGAGCGGCUGAGCGUGGAGCUGGGGCUGCGGGAGGCGCGGAGCUCCGCGCUGAGGCUGGCACUGAGCUGCAGCGAGCGCUGCGGAGGGGCUUACGCCGCCCUCCUGGAGCUGGUGCGGGCAAAGGUGACACCGGAGGGUGGCACCCGUGGGGGAACCGCGGCAGAACCGAGCCCGGAACCCCCGGGAGCAGCGGAACCGGAAAACCGCCGGGACCCCGAGGACAGCCGCAGCUGCCGGGGGAUGGAGGAGGGAGCGCUGCGGGAGCACAUCCGGAGGCUCCGGGCAGAGCAGGCGGCGGUGGAGGGGUCGCUGCUGGACACCCCCGAGCCCCCCGGAGCCCCCCGGGACCGGGAGCCCCGAGCGCGGGCGGAGCGGGCGCUGAGGGAGGCGCGGGCGCUGCUGCCCGGCUGGAGGCGGCCCGAGAAGGAGGAGCUGCUGCAGGAGCUGGCCGUGCUCAAGGAGGCUCUGGCGGAGCUGCGGGAGCGGCUGCAGCUGGAAGAGCGGGAGAAGCGGGGCCUGGAGCUGCUCCUGGCCGCGCACGGACCCCGGGAAGCCGCCCUGCGCCUCCUGCUCCGGCACCGGGAACGGGAGCGGGACGGAACCUCCGGCAGCUCCGGCAGCAGCUCCGGCAGCUCCGAGGAGGAUGCGCGGAUCGGGCGCGGGGCAGCGAUGGCUCCGCGGAACCGCCCGGACCCCGAGAGGACGCGGGAGGAGCUGCUCCGCAUCCGGGCCAGGACGGAGCAGCUCCGCGGGCGCGCUCAGGAGCUGGCGCUGGCCCUGGAGCGGAGCAGCGCUGCCAGCCGGGCCCAGCAGGCACAAAGCGCCGCCGCCACCAUGGAGCUCUUCCAGGCGCACAGCCGGUGCCGCGGAGCGCAGGAGCCACCGGGGGCGGGAGCGGCCCCGCAUGCGGCCGGUGCCCGCGGGGGGAUGCGCCGCGCCCCGGCCCCGCCGCCGCCGCCGCCGCAAACUUUCCGCGGGGCCGUGAACCGGGAGGAGGAGGAGGAGGAGGAGAACGACAAAUCCCUGAGGGGGCGACCCCAAAAAAAAACCUAA